UGCUCGCGCGGCGGAAGGAGGAAGAAGCGUCGUCGCGGGGGGGCCCGGCCGCCGGCGAGCAACCGCACGCGCGAUACGAUGGUGGUGCUGCACGUCAUGCGGGCAUCCUCCUCCUCGUCGUCGUCGCCGCCGGCGGAGGUGGGGGAGGAAGAGGCGGGAGAGUUCCUCCACGAGUGCGCCGCCUCCUCCCCCGUCGAGGACGUGGCGGCCGCGCUCGCCGGCGUCGCGGCGCUCCAGGCCCACCUGCUCUCCCUCUGCCGCUGCCUCCGAGUGGUGGAGGGGCGCACGGCGGCGGGUGAGCUGGAGAGGGCGGUGGCGGAGGCUGAAUCCUACGCCUCCAAGGAGCAAGUGCGGCACAACAAAUUCUUGUCCCCUCGUGCUCUAAGAGAACAUAUCAAGAACAUUGAAAAGGCAGCUGUUGCCGCUCUACAAGAGUCUCCGGAGGCAUUGCUCUUGCAACAAAAAUCAUCAGACGACAAGCAUGGAAAUGUACAACUUUGGUGGGCUGGAAAAGAGCUGGCCAUCGGCAAGAAGCUAAGUGACUAUAUUGGCGUUAAUGACAAAACAAAGAUUGUCAUCAGGCUAAGGCAUAUUUCUCAACCGUCAUGAGCAUUGAGUGUACUUGAUUUUUGGUUAGUACGGUGUAACUGAUGCACUGGACAUCAAUGAAGACCAUGUUGGGAAACUUCUGAGAAAUGAUCGCACUUGACAUCGUACUUGACCAUGAAAUAGGAUGAUAACUAAACUCAUUCUACUACAAUGUUUGUUAUUAACGAUGAUGCUCUAUCAAUUUUGUUUGUUAAGAAACUAGAGAGUGGUUCUCUGAAAAGUUGUCGAGCUUGUUUUAGCAUUGCAGCCUAGUUGAAGGGUCCCUGACAUACUGUGCUCGACUCUGGCUAUUGUAUUUAGCUUCUGACUUCUGGAACAUAUUUGUCUCCAUAUGCGCGUCUCUUGGGUUGCUAUGAACAAACACAUACUGAGGAGCGAAAAGUAUAGCAUGUUUAGUAUAUCUAGGUUUCUUUAUCAGUAGAUUAGCUCCACGGUGCAGGAAAGUAGCAGACAUCAUAAACAGAUGCAUCUGAUUCUUUGCUUAGUUCAUUUAUCUGUUGACAAGCAAAGUGAUAGUGAAACUAGUCUUUAGAGUCAUGAUUUUAUCUGUUGCAGUGACUUCUUCUGGUGCUCAGGUGGAUAAACCAAAGUAUUUGAAU